ACGAGAUAAAAUAUAAACUAAAAAAAAUACCUAGAGAGGAGUGGGUAGCGUGCAGAGAGAAAGCGCGUCUGGUGCUUUUGUAUACAUUGAGCGUCAUUGGAGCAUCUCAAUGAUAAUGGCAUUUCCAUGAGAUCAUAUUCCUUAUGUCAUUCCCAUUUUUUUACAAUAUACCAACGGCUUUCAUCAAAACAAUCAGCUCAGCAGCGCACAGCACCAACGAGCUAAACGUGAAACAAUAUAUUCCAACUAAAGAGAGACAAAGAGGAGAAUAUAAAGAGAAGUGAAAAUCACCUUUAAGGUUUUGACGCCGCUAAUGGAGGGGGAGAAGAAGAGGAAGAGGACAGUUAACGGCGGUGGAGAUCGGAGAAGAGAAGCUGCAGUAGGUGGAAGUAACGCAGUAUUCACGCCGCUGCCGCCGCCGCCUUCAGAGGCGGAGGUUGAGGAGUUCUUCGCGAUCUUACGGAGGAUGCACGUCGCCGUGAAGUAUCUGGAGAAGAGUGAUCCGAUUCUACCUGCAAACAUUAAUCGCCACGGCAGUAGGUUAACGGCGAUGGAGACUGAUGCCGACGGUGUUGGACGGAUUCCGUUACGGAGUGGUGGUUUGGAAUUGGACCUCAACAUGGAGCCAGAACCGGAGACUAACGGCGUUUAAGCUGAUGUGUCAAGGAAGUAAGCACGUGGCCGGUUAUAGUAUCUGACGUACAGGUUAAGCUUUUCUAAGCAUUCAAGCAAAAUACUUGUUUUUCACUUUUUUAGUAAUUGUUUUUUGUCAAAAGAAAUUUAUUUUUGAAGUAGAAGUAAAAAUUACGAAACUCUGUACCAUUGUGCAAGCGAAAAUUGAAAGCUAUAGAGCACACGAUGCAUAUUUGAUUUGGAUAUUUUAUUUAUCCAAAAUUACUGUAGCAAUUAUACGAUUUUCCUUUUAGUGUCAAAACAUGUAUGAUUGCAUCUAAA